AUGAAGUUCUCCAAUAUUGUUGCUCUUUCAGCUUUGGUAGCUGGCAGCCAGGUUGCUGCUCAUGGCACUAUCACCCUCAUCAAGGGCGCCAAUGGUGUCAACAUGCCCGGCCUGACAGUGGUCGACGGGACACCACGCGGGUGUGCUUCUGCGGCCUGCGGUGCGCAGAAGGACACUGCGAUCAUCCGACCCGGUGAGAUGGGAUCUAGAGCAUCUGCGCUUGGCCGUACUAGCUACGGUGCUGUAGACCCGAGAAACGUAAUGAAUGCAUUUAUGGGCAGCAACUCCAAGCGCAGACACGCUCGUGAGUUUCUAAACGCUCGCCAAUUAUUGAAUGAAGCAGCGUCUGCGAUCACAGGCCCGGCUGGCGCAGUACUCAAUGGCAUUCAAGAUCUCGUUCAGGCGACCCCGCUGGGACCAAUCGUGGACAAUAUCCAAAACGUUGGGAACGCCCUUGGAGGAGCAGUUCCGGGUAUGGCCUCCGGAUCUGUAACUCCGAGAGGAACGAUGGAGACUGGAGUCCAACAACAUUCCGGUAUGGGCCAGUCUGGGGGACUGCCUACAGUAUCUUCUGACGGAAUGAUCACGAUGAUUUACCAUCAGGUGAACCAAGAUGGAGCCGGUCCCCUCGUAGCCGAGAUCGACCCAUCAUCCGGCGGCCAGGACCCCAGCGCUUUCCAGAAAGCCAAGGUUGUUGAGAACGUCCCAGGAGUGGCUGGAUUCUCCACAAGCUCUAAUUCUGACUUCGAGAUCAAGGUCAAGAUGCCCGAAGGGAUGAAGUGUGCGGGAACCAUUGGAUCUGCGAAGAAUGUCUGUGUUGCGCGGGUUCGCAAUACUGCCAUCUCUGGUCCUUUUGGUGGCGCUGCUGCUUUCACACAGUAG